AAAACGCUUGGGGCACCCAGCUAGUUGGCUUUAUUUGUUGUCCACGCCAGGGAGCCACACUCGACACUCAACACUCGACGUGCACAUCAUGGAUUUUCAGCUACAGCUGCUGAUGAUGCUGCUGCUGGCACUUGAGCCCACCUGGGCAGCGACAGUCCUGCAUAGUCAAGCUGGCCAAAGUGGCGCCAGUGCCAUCUCACAUCAGAGCUUUGAGCGCUUGAGCCAACCGCAGCAACAAAUCCUGCAGCUGCCACCAACGCUUGCCACGCUCAGCAACCGCGACGGGGAAAUGCUACAACAGCUGGAACUGCUGCCAAUUGAGGGUCACACGCCCGCCCAUCUCACCUAUGCCGCCCGACCGGUGGUGCAUCAAAUGCUGCCCAUUAUUAAGCCGGUGCGCAAUCUAAGCUACGCCUCGCUGUUGCCCGACUUCAGAAGUCGGAGGCUAACACACACACCCACACACACACUCACACACACGCUCACUCAGUUAAAGUUUGUUUAGUGUUUAAGAAUUUUUUAUUGUUGUGUAAAU